CAGUUUUCUUACUAAUAAUUACCAUGGUAUUUGAAAAAUCGCAAGCUACAUGUAAAUACAGCACAAGUGUUAAGUUUCCGUCAGAAAGAUUUUGCCAGUAUGCCCUCAAGGUACUGAACUCGGAGCCAAAGACACACGAAGACCGAGCUGCUGUUACCUAUACAAGUGAAGGGCCUAUACUGAAUGUAAACAUAGAUGCUGUUAACCCGCGGACGUUAAGGUUAAAAGUAAACACUUUCUACGAAACAUGCUACCUAGUAUCUUCCAUACUUGAGGCGUUCCCAGAGAACGUAUAAGAUCAAGAUUCGACCACAGCAGGAGUGGUAUUUAUCUUUUCCUUAAGUUUUGACCACUUAGUAUGUAGCUGGGUG